GCCCUUUCUCCCUGGCCAGCCUUCGAUGCUUCUUGUAACUUCUCGUUUCCUAUAUACGUCUGUCAUAUAAGACAGACCCAGCUCCAUCACCCAGCCACUAAGCCAACUUCUCUAUCCACCACGCAACGAUGGAAUACACAAACCCCUCACAGGGUGCCCUAAUGCCCUCCCCCCCUUCCGUUUCCAACGCUCUAACCAAUACCAGUGAUAUUCCACUCAUCAACCUCUCUCCCGACGGAAACGUAAUCAUCACCAUCAACGUCAGCAACGAAGACGACCCAUCCUCUCCGCCUGAGUCACACCAACCCCAUUCCCAACCUCUCAUCCGCCUACUCGUCAACGACACCAUCAUCCGUUCCGCGUCUGAGAAGCUCUCAACUUUGCUAUUCCCACCUGAACCUGAGCGUCAGCAGCGGAAUCGACUACUCAGCCACCCAUUAGACGUAUGGCCCCAGCCCUCAAUCCCGCCAAAGGAGGUCGUCCUCCCUAUCCCGGAUGACAACAUGGACCCCGAUGCUAUGAAGACGAUUCUCUGCGUUUUACAUCUUCGCAGUAUGAAUGACAACAGUGAUCCUGUCUUCAGGCCUAGAAUGGCGUCAAAAGAAAUCAUGGACUUGGUGGCUGCUGCGUGGCUGUUCAGGAACAAGUCAGCUUUUGCGAAGUUGACUGUUGAGUUGGCGAUGAGACACCAGGAAAGCUUUACUUGGUUUUUGGAGGAUAGACUAUUGGAACAGGCGAUGCUCAAGAAGUUUUGGAUCCUUCUCAUCGAACGUACUGCUCGCCUCCGUUCCAAUCUUCUCGAACUCAUCUACAUCCUUGGACAGGAAAAUGACGCUGAUGGCAAGCCCACCCCUGCGUGUCAUCACCCUUGGCACUCCAUUGAUGAUUACCAACAGCUUUACAAACGGUUCGGGUCUGGCAGAGUCAGACCCUCCGGGGACAACUACCCGCCCAUUGAUCUUGCGUUAGGGAUAGAGACAGUCAACAAGCACGAGAGGAUGUGUCCUGACUGUCUGUGCGGAAACCGAGAACUGGAUUCUGAAGCUGUCCAAGAGAAGUUGGAGAGAAUCAAGAAGGAGGUCAGAAUCUGUUUGGAAUGUGUGGAGAAACCGGUCGAAAUGGUGUGCAGUCAUCUGAACUGA